UUUCUUCCUUCUAUUCCUAGAUGAUUUGCAUGCAUGGCAGACCAUGCUCUCAAUAUUUGUAAAAGCUGUGCUAGCAUUUAUUGUGAUAUGCAUAUGUGGUAUUUCAUCAUGCCAUGCCCAACAAAAAAAUGAGAAUGUACCUCAUGGUGAUGAUCAUGAUGAGCUUCCGUGUUGUUCAGUUGAUGUCGACAAACCUGACAGGAAAUUGAUUCUUGUAAGCACUCUAAAUGGGCGGUUGUCAAUGCUUGAUGGUGAGACUGGGAGGAUUCUAUGGAUUCGUAGCACUGGACCAGGAAGUUUAUUAUCUUCUAGUAUCAGUAAUUAUGAGUUCCAUAAUGGUCAGUGGUAUCGUAUAGUUCCUUCUUUGGAUGGUAUGCUAUUUGGGCUUACCCAGAAGUCUGUUGAGGCAUUGCCAUACAACGCUGAAUCCCUUCUGCAGUCUUCUGUUCAUUUGUCAGAGGACACAGUUAUUACAGGAGGGAAAGAGCUGCGCACAUAUGCCAUUGGGCGCUGGAGUGGACGGUUACACUAUGUUUGUACUGUACGUGGAUGUCAGCAGUUUCCUCCCAAGAAUCUUUAUGAUGAGGAAGAUCUUAUCAUGGUUCAGAGAGAGACACAGACCAUCCGAGCAACAGAGCCCUUAUCUGGUUUAGAGAGGUGGAACUUCAGUGUGGGGUACCAUAUUGUGAAGGUGUUGAAUCCUCUGAAGGGUGGUACAAGAGAUGAAAGAAGCAACAUUCGGAUUGAUCCAAUGGAUUCUCUGCUACGUUUCUCUGUUCCUGAUGGAAAAGUCAUGCUGCAAAAGCCAACUGGAGUCUUGUGGGAGAAGGAUUUGAAAUCUCCUAUUACCCAAGCUUGGAAAAUCAGAGGGCAAAAUUUAGAACCAGUUGACCUCUUCCCUUUUCACAAGUGGAUUAAUGAAGGAGGUUCUCCAUUAUACUAUCUUGGAAAGCAUGACAAUCAACUAUACAUCCAGAAUGUAAUGAAGGGUUUUGGUGAGGGUGCCCUUGUGCCAUCAUCCAUUACUGCCAUUCAGAAGCAUGGUUUAUCAAUUUCUAUCCCAAGCAUAUCAUGGGAAGAGUACAACUUAGCUCUUCCUCCUCUCAUCAGCAAUGAAAUUAAGCAAGAUCCAGGUACUGAUAAAAGAAGUGAGACAACAGCUAUUGCAGUUCUGGACAGUGAAUCAAGUGAUGUGGGAUUUUUCAUAUAUGCAACUCAGGAACAGGAAGAGAUGGAGGCACAAAGCGAGUGUACAAAAGGAAAUGCUUCUUCCAAUGAUACCACUGUCUCUGACAGUCUUGAAGAGCCCAGUCUAUGGCAGGAACCUCAGGUUGUCAUCAUUGGAUUGUGGUUCUGGUGGAAAGAGAUUAUGGUGAUCAGUGUGGUGACAGCACUCGCAUUCCAUUUUGCCAUCACAAGACCUGCUUUGCAUUUCAUCCACACUCGUGUAGAGCAGGAGACCUGGGUCAGAGCACAGAAAUAUCUUAGGUUCAUCCAUCAACCAGAAGAGAUGGAGGCACAAAGCGAGUGUACAAAAGGAAAUGCUUCUUCCAAUGAUACCACUGUCUCUGACAGUCUUGAAGAGCCCAGUCUAUGGCAGGAACCUCAGGUUGUCAUCAUUGGAUUGUGGUUCUGGUGGAAAGAGAUUAUGGUGAUCAGUGUGGUGACAGCACUCGCAUUCCAUUUUGCCAUCACAAGACCUGCUUUGCAUUUCAUCCACACUCGUGUAGAGCAGGAGACCUGGGUCAGAGCACAGAAAUAUCUUAGGUUCAUCCAUCAACCAAAAGUGGUUAUUGUGGAAAGACCAGCUAGCACCCACAAUGGAAAGGGUUCAAGCAACUCUUCCACAUCAUCAAAUCCCAGUUCCAUUAUCCCUUCUCCAUCAGGGGAGUUCCACUCCCGGUUUGAAGAGGAUUUUCAAAACCGAAUUCAGCUGGGAAAGGGAGGGUUUGGUGUGGUUUUUAAGGCUCAGAAUUGCUUGGAUGACUGCUACUAUGCCAUCAAGAGGAUUCGUCUUCCUAAUAGUGAGCAGUCACGUCAGAAGGUGCUACGAGAGGUAAAAGCUCUAGCAAAGUUGAAGCACCAUUCCAUUGUGAGGUACUACAAUGCAUGGACUGAGCAAAUCCCCCCGGGAUGGAAGCUUGGGGGUAUGCAGAUUGUUUCAACUUCUGGCUACAAA